UAGUAUUGUCAAAGGAUGAAAAUGGAGACCCGAGAGGACAUGACAGGUCAUAUACCAGGGCAGGUGCUACGGGAAGUGAGGUGGAGCUGCCAUGUUGGGACAACGGAGGCAUUCCUGCAAAGGAGACCAGCAGAAGUGAAACAGGAACUGGACAAAGACUUGCUUCAGCAGUGGGAAACCCAAUGGCAGGAGUUUCUGAAGAGCGUGGAAGGCCCUCACCCAAACUGGGGGGCCUCUGAGUCAAGGGAGGAGCCGUGGGAUGACGCCAAAGCCUUCCUGGCCUCCUUUGAGCAAGUGGCCCAAGCCUGCCGGUGGCCCAAGGAAGAGUGGGUUCCCAGGCUCCUGCCAGCAUUGAGCGGAGAGGCCAAGCGGGCCUUCACCAGCCUGGAGAUUGAAAGCAGGGAGGAUUAUGGGAAAGUGAAGGCUGCCAUCUUGCAAGGGGACGCCAUGCGUCGGGAGGAGCAACGGCAGUGCUUCCGGCAUUUCCGCUACCAGGAUGCCGAGGGGCCGAGAGGGGCUUACGGCCAGCUUCAGGAACUGUGUUGCCGGUGGCUGAAAGCUGAAAGGCAUUCGAAGGAGGAGAUCCUGGAGCUGCUGAUCUUGGAGCAGUUCUUGGCCAUCCUGCCUCCAGAGAUAGAGGCCUGGGUCAAGGAAUGUGGUCCAGAGACUUGCUCCCAGGCGGUGGCCUUGGCAGAGGACUUCCUCCAGAAGCAAAGAGAGGAAGAGGCCAAGAGGCAGGCAAACCAGGUGCUGUUAGGAGAGGAGACAGCAGGUUCCCCUGAAGCUGGCCAAGCCCUGCCUGAGAUUGAGCAGAAGACGUUUAGUGUGGAGACCAAUCAGGAAGAUGAUGCUGGGGAUGCUGGACCCUUGGGCAACGAAUGGAAAAGUGGGAAUGAGGAGCAACUAGGUGAGAAUUCCUCAGAAAGAACAGAGUGUGAAGCAUUGAAGGAGAUUGUCUGGAGCCAAGAUGGGCCAGCGAGCCAAGACAGAAGCCACAUUGAAGAGCUGGAAGCCAAGUCCUUCCCAUUUCUGGUGGAGGACUUCCACAAAAUCUCAAUCCCGCAGAAAAGCGAAAAUGAAAAAAAAAGAAUUGCUCUCCCCAGUGUUCGUAAUAGAAUUCACCUUGCGGAUGAAUCAGAUUCAAUGUUUGCAAAGAGCUUCAGUCAGAGUGGAGACCUAAAUGAAUGUGAAACGCUUUAUGAAGGGACGAGUUCCAACAUAGACCUGAAUCAGAGUAUUUCUGCAGAUGAGAGACAAUGUAUGAAUUCAAAUCUUGGUAAGAUGAAGCAUCCCAGGAUCCAAAAAGGGGAGAAGCUGUAUAAAUGUUUGGAGUGUGGGAAAUGCUUUGAUUGGAAUUCCCACCUCUUGAGACACCAGAUAAUCCACACCGGGGAGAAGCCGUAUCGGUGCUUGGAGUGUGGGAAAUGCUAUGGUCAGAGUGCCUAUCUUAAGAAACACCAGAGAAUCCACACUGCAGAGAAGCCGUAUGAGUGCUUGGAGUGUGGCAAGUGCUUUGGCCGGAGUGACAAUCUCAAGAAACACCAGAGAAUCCACACUGGGGAGAAGCCAUAUCAGUGCUUGGAGUGUGGGAAAUCCUUUGGUCAGAAUGCUGAUCUCAAACAACACCGGAGAAUCCACACCGGGGAGAAGCCAUAUCAGUGCUUGGAGUGUGGGAAAUGCUUUGUUCGGAGAACCCAUCUCAAAUCACAUCAGAAAAUUCACACUGGGGAGAAGCCCUAUAAAUGUAUGGAGUGUGGAAAGAGUUUCAGCGACCGGUUCACGAUUGUCAGGCAUAAGAGCAUCCACACCAGGGAGAAAGUCUUCAGGCAAAGUCCCAGCCUGGCUUUACAUCAGAGAAUCCAUGGCAAGAGAAGAUGUCACACAAAAAUCAGCGUUUGCUGAAUAUCAGAAUGGCUGUGUAAGUCUUUUCACCAAAUGCAAUGAGCAGUCUAGUUGCAUCUUAAAAAGGAAUACCCUAUACUAGGCAUCCUCAGACUUUUUAAGCAGAGGGCCAGUUCACGGUCCCUCAAUACCGUGGAUGUAGCGUACCUGGAUUUCAGUAAGGCCUUCGACAAGGUCCCCCAUGACCUUCUGGCAAGGAAACUAGUCCAAUGUGGGCUAGGCAAAACUACGGUGAG